AUGCGUACCGACGAGAAUCGCCGUCCAAACUUUGGGCGAGGUCAACCCUCGCCGGGAUCUGCGGAUGUCGACAUGAAGGACACGUCACCAGCGCCUUCCACCUCCUCCGGGCGAUCCCAGCGCGCGGCUCCUUCGUCUGCGUCGUCUUUUGGACACAACCGCCCGGCACUACGAGAACGCACCUCUCCCAGCUACAGAUCGACGGCCACAAGUCGCUUAAUGGCACCAACGGCAUCGUCGUUAGCGCAUCGAACGGCGUCGCCUGCAUCCGCUGGAUCCGUGCCGUCGUAUGCGCGACCGACCGCUAGCAGCGCUACUGGAAGGUAUAAUGGAUCAAGAAUUCCGUCAGCCCCAACGAAAGCGACGCAUAAUAGCGGUACAAGCAGAUUCCGGACUGGUGCAUCGACUUCCACAGCAAUACCAACGUCAGUUAGACCUCCGUACGCGGGUGCAGGUGCAUCCAGCAGAUUUCAAACCGCUUCGACUUCUCAGUCCCGCUACGGUACUACUCGAACUCAGAGCCGUGCGCCGUCUCCACCACCGCCACGACAGCAUACUGUUGAACAGAAUAUUCCACCAGCAGCCCCAGCGGAAAUGAUGGAUUACGAGGAUCACCAAACAGAACAACAACGGGAACAGGAACAGAAGCAGCCAAACCAGCCACCAAAAGCGUGGAGUCUGGAUGAUUUCGAAAUUGGACGCGAGCUCGGAACUGGAAAAUUUGGUCAAGUGUACCUUGCACGCGAGAAAAACUCGCGCAUGUAUGUGGCGCUGAAAGUACUGGUGAAGGAGCAGCUUAAGGCUGCUGGUGUGGCCCACCAACUGCGUAAGGAAGUGGAGAUUCACUCCCGUAUUCGACACGAAAACAUCCUGCCACUGUUUGCCACUUUUCAGGAUGCCACACGAGUGUACCUGGUGAUGAAAUAUGCUGGAGGCGGUGAUCUCUACAAGAAAAUGCGCUCCAUGCCCAGACGGCGGUUUCCUGAACGUCAAGCCAUGCUGUACAUCGCCCAGCUUGUCAGUGCAUUGGAGGCGUGCCAUCAACAGCACGUGAUUCACCGCGACAUCAAACCUGAGAACCUUCUUCUAUCUGAGGAGGUACGAUUAUUGUGGCGAUAG